GGCACAGCGCAGCGCACGGACAAACACAAGCCUCAGUGUGUACAUUUCGUGGGUUUACCGCUCUGCUAACUCCUCACGGCGUUGUGUCGUUGUUGUAUCCCGGUUUUAACAGCUUGUAGCGGGAUUUCUGAGCGAAAAAGAUCGGCGUUUACGCACGGAGAAACGAAAGGCAAGGUGGGAUUUGGACAAGGGGACCAGUUUUGCCAACCGCCACAGCCCAAAGCAGAACCAGGAAACAGGAUUAAAGAAGGACACAUCCUGGUCAUUGUUCCACUCUGCAGGAGAAAGCCCCUGCUCUGAGUCUUAGGAAGCCCACUGCGUCAGCCUCACCAAACUGCCAUCCAUCUGCAGUUUACCACCGGAGCCCUAAUCAACAAAUUAUUGGCUUGGACAGGAUGGCAGGUUCACUAAUGCGGUGCUGAGAUGAGCAGCCUGGCAGCUCUCUGACAAACACUGACUCAACUUUAUCAUCGGCCCCUCCAACUCUGGUCAAGCUCCCAUCGUGUCCAUGAGGCCGCCCCAUCACUGCAUGUUGUGGGAAAUAUGUUGACCUCAUUUUGAAACCCUCCAACCCUUCACCCUCGCCCAGUGUCCCUCCCUGGUCCCCCUCUUGUCCCACCACCAUGACCAGCCUCAAGCGUUCCCAGACGGAGCGCUCGGUCGGGGGCUCUGUGCCGGCCUCCGACGAGUUCUACACCCGCCGCUUACGCCUUCCCAAUGGAGGAGCCCCCCCACCCCGCAGCGAGAGCGCCCACAUUUCCUCCUCCAACACAGGCACCAACCCCGGAGUACCUAAAAUGGGCGUGCGGGCUCGGGUCGCUGACUGGCCGCCCAGGAAAGACGGAGGGAGCGGCGGUGUUUGGCAUAUCACCGUGGAAACCGAUUCACCGAGUUCAACCACAACUUCUUCCUCUGGGUCCGGAAGCGGGGAUAGGGAGAGGAUUAUGGGAACGGAGAGGAGCGAGAGAUCGGAGAGAGGGGGCGGUAGUGGAGGUAGCGGGGGCAGCGGUGGUAGCGGUGGUGGUGGCGGCGGUAGUAACAUAUCUGCAGUUACAGCCCAUACUAACCUGUCUGCCAAGCUAGGUCACCUCAUUAGCCCGCAAGACUCUUCAAUGCUACGCAACAUUCAAAACACACUCAAGAACAAGAUGCAGAGCAAGGGCAAAGACAACCGCUUCCUGUCCCCGGACGGCUACCUGGGUUCACCGAGGAAGGGCAUGCGACGGAUCCGGCAGCGCAGCAACAGCGACAUCACCAUUAGCGAGUUGGACGGGGAUAACGAAGGCUGGUCGUUUUCCGGCUGGACUCCAAUGCAUCGCGAAUACGGAAGCACGUCGUCCAUAGACAAACAUGGGGUGUCAGGAGAGAGCUUUUUCGAUAUGCUAAAAGGCUACCAGUCUGCGGAGGCGCCAGAUCAGAGAAGUCCUGCUCCAGAGAGGUUGUCGGAGUUACUAACAGUUGCACCGAUCAAGCAAGCUGCCUUAGAUCUUCCCGAUGGACCGCUAGUCAAAGGAAGUCCUGCCAGCCGACUCAAGGAUAGAGAAAAACAGUUGAAAAGGAGGUCUAAAUCGGAAGCGGGUAGCGAGUCAAUAUUCCGUAAACUGCGUAGCGUCAAAGUGGAAGGCGAUACAUCCAGAGCGGGGUCAGACGCAGAGGACAGUGGUAAAGCGGACGAGAGCGCGCCCCCUCCAAAGCCGUGGGUGUGCCAGAAAGGUUUCGCCCAUUUCGAUAUCCAGUCUUUGCUCUUUGACCUAAAUGAAGCCGUACAAAGCAGACAGUGCGGCUCCAAGCGUAAAAACACAACCACAGGGGCGUCGGCCGCAGCUGCAGCAUCCGCCUCGGCCACUUCCUCCUUGUCGUCCAAUCAGAGCGGAGCAUACGGGUCGCCAUGUGGAUCGCAGGAGGAGCUUAACACGAAGGAUGGAACGGGACACGGGACUAAUCCAGCGCUGGACCCAGGAGAUGACAAGAGCAACGAGCUGGUCCUGAGCUGCCCCUGUUUUAGGAAUGAGAUUGGAGGAGAGGGCGAGAGGAAUAUAGCGCCUGCCAAACAGCAGGGCAGCAUUGGCAGUGGGGGCAGUGGCAGCAGCAGUUCUUCGGGCAGCACAGAGGAGGGGCCCCUGGACUCCACUCUCUCCUCUCACUUCACCAACGCAGGUGUCGCUGUGCUGGAGGCCCCCAAGGACGGCCCGGGGCUGCACACGGACCGCUCCAAGAGAUACAUCGUGGAGCAUGUGGACCUGGGGGCAUACUACUACAGGAAGUACUUUUACCUACGAGAGCAUUGGAACUACCUGGGUGUGGAUGAAAACUUGGGGCCGGUGGCGGUGAGUCUUCGCAGAGAGAAACUCGAAGAGCACAAGGAGCACGGGCAGCAGUACAACUACAGGGUCAUCUUCAGGACCAGCGAGUUAAAUACCUUGCGAGGUUCUAUCCUGGAAGACGCCAUCCCCUCCACGUCCAAACACGGCCUGGCUCGAGGGCUCCCCCUGAAGGAGGUUCUGGAGUACCUGGUGCCAGAGCUAAACGUGCACUGCCUCCGCCUGGCUCUGAACACACCCAAGGUCACCGAUCAGCUCAUGAAGCUGGACGAGCAGGGGCUGAGUUUCCAGAGGAAGGUGGGGGUCAUGUACUGCAUGGCGGGACAGAGCGGAGAGGAGGAGAUGUACAACAACGAGUCCUCUGGUCCUGCUCUCGAUGAGUUCUUACACCUGCUCGGAGAGAGGGUCCGCCUUAAGGGCUUCACCAAGUACAGAGCACAGCUGGACACCAAGACCGAUUCUACUGGGACCCACUCCAUGUACACAACCUACAAGGACUAUGAGAUUAUGUUCCACGUGUCCACUAUGCUCCCCUACACACCCAACAACAAACAGCAGUUACUGAGGAAGCGCCAUAUUGGGAAUGACAUAGUAACCAUAGUAUUCCAGGAACCAGGAGCGCUCCCGUUCACUCCCAAAAACAUCCGCUCACACUUCCAACACGUCUUUGUGGUGGUCCGUGUUCACAGCCCCUGCUCGGAAAACACCUCCUACAGUGUUGCAGUCACCCGCUCCAAAGACAUGCCAUCCUUCGGCCCGCCCAUCCCUGAAAACGUCACCUUUCCCAAGUCCUCCGUGUUCCGGGACUUCCUGCUGGCUAAGGUCAUCAACGCCGAAAACGCCGCCCACAAAUCUAACAAGUUCUGUGCCAUGGCCACCCGCACCCGGCAGGAGUACCUACGCGACCUGGCCGAACGCCACACCACGAGCACCCCGAUCGACCCCUCGGGCAAGUUCCCCUUCAUUUCCCUAGCUCAUAAGAAGAAAGAGAAGACCAGACCAUAUCAGGGUGCAGAGCUGAGAAGUUUGGGAGCAGUGACUUGGCAGGUGCACGCUGAAGACCACAGCUCGGGAGGGGAACUGGACGCGCUCCUGGCCAUAUCCAAUGACUUUAUAGUAGUGCUGGACCAAGAGGGGAAGGAAGUGGUGUUCAACUGCGCGGCAAAGGACGUGAUUGGCUGGACACUGACUAACCCCGCCUCGCUGAAGAUAUUCUAUGAGAGGGGAGAGUGCUUGUCCCUGCGCAGCGUCAGUAACAACACGGAGGAUUUCAAGGAGGUCAUCAAGAGAUUGGAGUAUUUGACAAAGGGAUGUGAGACAACAGAGAUGACCCUGCGGAGGAAUGGCCUGGGACAACUUGGAUUCCAUGUGAACUAUGAAGGCAUUGUUGCAGAGGUGGAGCCGUACGGUUACGCCUGGCAGGCUGGACUCAGACAGGGCAGCCGAUUGGUGGAGAUCUGUAAGGUCUCCGUGGCGACGCUGACACACGAGCAGAUGAUCGACCUGCUCAGGACGUCUGUGGCUGUGCGAGUGGUCAUCAUCCCCCCGCACGAGGACGCCACCCCACGCAGAGGCUGCUCGGAGCUCUACCGUCUGCCCAUGAGCGAAUACAAAAGUAGCAGUAACGACUCCGGCUCCUUCGAAUACAAGUUCCCCUUCCGCAGCAACAACAACAAGUGGCAGCGUACCUCCAGCAGCCCCCAGCAGUCCCUGACCGCCUCCCCCCAGCCCCACACCCCAAACCGGGCCAUCAGUCUGGGCAGCUCCGUGGGCAAGACCCUGUCGGCGGAGAGACUGGAGAGGGGAGCAGCUAUCCCCCGCAGUGUCAGCAGCGACGGACGGCCCCUGGACUCCAAGAGGAUGUCCCCAGGCAGUGAGAGCUACAGCCUCGCCUCCUCUCUGGGUCUGGGCCGCUCCCCACACAACCGCAGCUCCCCCAGUAACCUGUCCUGCUCCAGCGAGGCCUCGGGAAGCUCCGCCCACUGGAGGCAGAAGUCCAUGCCCGAGCAGUUUGCAGAUGCCCCACCCUCCAAAUCUGGCCCAGGGUUCUCUGGGGGUCCACGCAUCCAGAGACAGGAGCAGGUCAUCCACCUCUCCCCCAAGAAAGGCAGCCAGUCCGACAGCCCCUACUCCGGUCACUCCAGCAGUAACACCCUCUCCAGCACUGCGUCGAGCGGGGGCCACAGUGACAGUGAUAAGUGGUAUGAGCUUGGGGCAGGAGGAGGGGGGUCCAGCGGGGAGCAGGGCGAACCCGAGCCCAACGGCCUGGGGGGAGGGGGCUACCUACAGGGCUCCUCAGCGGACAGCGGCAUAGACACCAGCACCGGCUCCUACGCCCCCACCCACCACGCCCACUCACACUCCCACCACGGCAGCACCACCUCUCUACUAGCGCCCAGUGGAGGCAGGGACAGCAGGGACAGGGAGAGGUCCACAUCACCCUGGCACAGUCCCACUGAGGGGGGCAGGAGGAUGCUGGAGAGGUCCCCUGCUGCAGCUGAGUCUCCAGGGCCUCCGUCGGAGAGCAGAGAAGGGAGGACUCCACCUACACACCUGCUGGUUAGAGACGCCAGCACCUACAGUCUGAGUGACAUGGGAUCUCACUCCAGCUCCAGACACUCUGCUCACAGCUCGCCCAGAGAAGAGUCCUCCUCCUCGGCCACGUCCCCCUCUCAGUCCUCCGUGUCCCCAGCUGGACCCAAGAGCUUCUACCCCAGACAGGGAGCUCAGUCCAAGUACCUGAUCGGCUGGAGGAAGCCCGGGUCCACCAUCAACUCUGUGGACUUUGGAGACACGCGCAAAAAGUCUCCGGGUGAGAGCAGUGUGGACGUGAUCCCUACCCCAGCAGCGCGCCCCUCUCUGCGGGACAUGCACUCCCCUCAGCCCCACGGCAAGUCCACCAUGGAGGAGGACGUGAAGCGGCACAACGCUCCAGACAGCCCCCCCGCGCCGCCACGCCGACACAAGGACAAGCACUCUCAGAAGUCUGAUCCGGAGCAGCCCCUGUCGCGGCGCCGCUCCCUUCACAGGACCCUGUCAGAUGAGAGCAUCUACAGGGGCCAGCGCCUGCCGCCCCUGUCGGACACGGUCAACGAGCCCGCACUGGCCACUGACGUGCUCUUCAGCUGCUCCACCCUGCCCCGUUCACCCACCACACGAGGAGUCCCAUUGCGGAGGCCCUCCUACAAGCUGGGAGUCAAACUGCAUGGAGAUCUGUCAGCAUCAGACACUUCCCUGGUGGAUUUGGUGGAGCGCCAUCGCGGGCCCCUCCCCCCUGAGCUGAUGCCCCUCCCUUCAGGCCGAGACAGCCCCCUGGAGUGGACCCACCUGGUGGACGUGGCCAGUACCUUCGAGAGCGAGAGAGGACCGCACUAUGUUCAAAGGAGUUACGUGUUUGGUGAUGCUAACCACAGGAGCAGUGGAGCCUCCAGUCCUCAGCAGCCCCACAUCGAGCUGCAGCCGGCCCCACUGUCCCGUCCCGCCUCCAGUGAGGGCCACAUUGGACUGGAGAGGAAGGUGACCAAACUGGAGGCCAUGGUGAAGAUGCUGCAGGAGGACUUGAAGAAAGAGCGCGAGGAGAAGUUACGGAUGCAGGCUCAGAUCAAGCGUCUGUGGGAAGAGAACCAGCGCCUCCAAGAGGAGUCCCAGACCUCUGCAGCCAAACUCAAGAAGUUCACCGAGUGGGUCUUCAACACCAUCGACAUGAACUGACCAGCCCCAAUAGGAAAUGUACAGUA